AUGAUUGCUAAAUCAUAUUUUUAUAGUGGUUCCUCAUCUGAUGACAAUAAAAAAAAUAAGAAUGAGAAUAUACAAAAGGGAUUUAUAUCAAAUGAAAAGAAAAAUGAAAAAACAUUAGAAUUUAAAAGAAGAAAAGUAAACAAAAUUAAUAAGAAGCUUACAACAGAUGAUGUAAAAUCUAAUAUUUUUAAAAAAAUUGAUAUGUCUGAGGAAGCAUCAUUUAAAAAAGACAAAGUUUCUAAAAGAUAUCAUAAUAAUAACGAAAAAGAAAAAUAUUAUAAAGAUAAAAUUAAAAUUAAAACAAAUAGUAUAAAGGAUAAUCAUGUUAAUAAAAAGUACAAUAUAUAUAAUUCUUCUACAUCAACAGAUAAUUCAGAUAUAGAUUAUUUAUAUGAUCAUAAGGAAAAUAAAAAAAAUGAGAAACACAAUAAAAGUGAUAACUCAGAAAAUUCUAUUAAUAUAAGUAUUAAUAUAAAAAAUGAUGAAAGUAAUAAAUACAAUUUGUCAAAUAAACAAUAUUAUAAUCGUAACUCAAAUAAAAAUUUCGAAAAAGAUGAAAAAAAAAAAAAAGAAUAUUACAAAAAAAAUAAUGAUAAAAUUUUGGAUGAAAUAUGGUACACUAAAGAAGAUGAAUUUGUUGAUUCUUUUUAUAAUAUGGAUAUAGAAGCUACCUAUGAAAAAGAAAAAAAAAUGAUCAAUAAUAUUAAAAGCCGAAUAAAUAGUAAUACAGGUAAAAAAGUGAAUCAAAAAAAUUUAGAUAAUAAUUUAUGGGAAUUAAAUAAAUUAAAACAAGGAGGUGUUACAUCAACUUACAAUAAAUUACAACUAGAAAAAAUUAAUGAAGCCAAUGUUACUAAUGAAAUAAAAAAAAUUGUAUUAACAAGAACAGUCAAUCCUCCAUUUAUAGAUAAAUUUAAAUCGUAUAAUAAAAGAAUUGGAAAUAUAGAACAAAGAGAUAAUUUUGAUUAUCAAAAAAGUGAAAAAAAAAAAUCUGAUAAUAUUAAUAAUGAUAAAUAUUAUAGUAAUAAGCAUAUUCAUUCCACCUCCUAUUCGACUGUAGUUAAAGAUGAAACAUGUGAUUUUGUAAAAGCAGCAAAAAAAGGUAGCGAAUUUUUAAAAUAUUUUAAAAGUGAAAACGAAAAAUCUGAAGCUCGAGAUCGAUACUGGGAAAUUAGUAAUAGUAAAUUGGGAGAGUUACUAAAAUUGUAUAAAAAUAAAAAAAAAAAUAUAAAUAAAAAUAUAAAUAAAAAUGAUAAUACAUCAAGAGGGGAUAACGAUAAUGUUAGUAAUAACUCCUUUGAAAGUAAUAAUGAGGAUGAUAAUAAUUCAGAUGUGUUUGAUUAUAAAAAAGAUAAAAUGUAUAGCAGUAUAUUUAAUAUGGAUAAUACUAAUAAGGAUAAGAAAAAUACAUUAAAAGAUAAAGAAGAUUUGUUAAAAUUAAAAGAAUCUUUACCUAUAUACAAAUCAAAACAUGAAUUAUUAGAUGCUGUUUAUAAUAAUAAUAUAAUUAUUAUAGUUGGAGAAACAGGAUCUGGAAAAACUACACAAAUAGUGCAAUACUUAUAUGAAGAGGGUUAUCAUAGAAAUGGUAUUAUUUGUUGUACUCAACCAAGAAGGGUUGCAGCUGUAUCUGUAGCUUAUCGUGUAUCUUAUGAAAUGAAUGUAGAUAUUGGUUCGCUUGUUGGUUACACUAUAAGAUUUGAAGAUAAUACUACAAAAGAUACAAAAAUUAGGUAUGUAACAGAUGGUAUUUUAUUAAGAGAAACUUUAAAUGAUAAAGAAUUAGAUAAAUAUAGUGUUAUAAUUAUGGAUGAAGCACAUGAAAGAUCUAUUAAUACAGAUGUAUUAUUAGGUAUAUUAAAAAAUAUAUGUUUAAAAAGAAAUGAUCUAAAAUUAAUAGUAACAUCAGCAACUAUUGAUGCAAAAAAAUUUUCUCAAUUUUUUGGUAAUGCACCAAUAUAUAAUAUUGAAGGAAGAACUUUUAAAGUACAUAUAGAAUAUUUAAGAACACCUUGUAAUGAUUAUAUAGAAUGUGCUGUUCAAAAAGCUAUACAGAUACAUGUAUCUGAUAAUAACUAUGAUAACAAUUUUGGUGAUAUUUUAAUUUUCAUGACAGGUCAAGAAGAUAUAAAUGCUACUUGUUAUUUAUUAAGUGAACGUUUUUAUGAAGUGUAUGAAUCAUAUAAAGAAUCGAAAAAUAAUAAAAAGGAUACAAUAAAUAAAAUAAAAAAUAUACUAAAUGAAGACAAGAACAACAACAACAAUAAUAAUAAUAGUAAUAUUAGAAAAAAUGGUGAUGGUGAUAAUAAUACAAAUGAUCAUAUCAUAUAUCCAUUUUAUAUCUUUCCCAUAUAUUCCCAAUUAUCUAGUGAACAACAGAGUAAAAUAUUUAAAAAAUAUGAUUUAAGAAAAAUUAUAGUUUCAACAAAUAUAGCAGAGACCUCAUUAACAUUAGAUGGAAUUAAAUAUGUAAUUGAUACAGGAUAUUGUAAAUUAAAAGUAUAUAAUCAGAAUAUUGGUAUGGAUGUAUUACAAGUAACACCUAUAUCACAAGCUAAUGCAAAUCAAAGAUCUGGUAGAGCUGGAAGAACAGGUGCUGGUAUAUGUUAUCGUUUAUAUACAGAAAAUACUUUUUUGUGUGAUUUAUAUCAAAAUAAUAUACCAGAAAUACAAAGAAGUAAUUUAUCAAAUGUUGUACUUUUAUUAAAAUCUUUACAUGUACAAAAUUUAUUUGAAUUUGAUUUUAUUGAUGUACCAAGUAAAGAAAGUAUUAUCAAUUCUUUACAAGAAUUAUGGGUAUUAGGUGCUAUAAAUAAUGAAGGAAAUUUAACAGAAAUAGGAAGAAAAAUGGUUCAAUUUCCAUUAGACCCACCAUUAUCAAAAAUUGUUAUAUAUAGUGAAAAAUUUCAAUGUACUAAAGAAAUAUUAAUUAUUGUUAGUAUGUUAUCAUCUCCAUCUAUUUUUCUUGAAUCCAAAGAAAAUAAUGAAUCAAUCGAAUCCAAGAAAGAAAAAUUUACUGUACCAGAAAGUGAUCAUUUAACCUUAUUAAAUAUAUACUUACAAUGGCGUUCACAUAAUUAUUCAUAUAGUUGGUGUACAAAAAAUUUUAUUCAAUAUAAAGCAUUAAAUAAAGCAAAAGAAGUAUACUCACAAUUAAUAGAUAUAAUUAAAACAUUAAAUAUAAAAAAUGUUUCUUGUGAUAAUAAAUGGGAACUUAUAAGAAAAACAAUAUGUUCAGGAUAUUUUCAUAAUGCAGCUAAAUUGAAAUCAUUUUCAGAAUAUAUUAAUUUAAGAACAAAUGUAUCUUGUCAUGUACAUCCAAAUUCUUCUCUAUACAAUAUUGGAUAUACACCUGAUUAUGUCAUAUAUCAAGAAAUCGUUUUUACUACAAAAGAAUAUAUGAGAAAUGUAACAACUGUUGAUCCAGAAUGGUUAUGUGAAUUAGGUCCUCUCUUUUUUUAUAUGAAAAAUUUAUAA